AUGACGAUCAUACUAACGGAUUUUCCAAGAGAGCCUUUUCUUUAUACAUUCAUCAAUGCUUGUUUCCAUUCCUUUAUUGCUGUUUAUUAUUAUUAUUUAGUCUUCUGUUUCUCUACCAUUUCUUUUUUUCUUCUUUUUGAUAUUUGCGUUCAUCUUACUUUUCUUUUUUUUUUUUUAUUUUCUAAUUCUCCCUACUCUUUAUUUCUGCUUCUUAUUCCUCUUUUGUCUUUGCUAUACCUUCUUCUCCUCCUUCUCCUCUACAUUCUUCUUCUUUUCUUUUUCUUUUUCUUCUUUUUCUUCUUCUUCUUCUUCUUCUUCUUCUUCUGCUUUAUUUUUAAUUCUUUUCUUCUUCGGCGUGAAUUUAUUUUUAUUUUUCAUUCUUUAACUUCGAAUAUUUUUUAUUCUCUUCCUUUUCCUUCUCGCCUUCUUCUCUCCUUUCUUUAUUCUGGUUUCAGUUAUUCAAUUCAAUCACUUCGUUUCCUCUUCUUUUGUUUUAAUUCUUUUUUUUUCUUCUUCUUAUACUCCUUCUUUAUUAUUCUUUUUCUUUAUUUCUUCUUCUUCUCCUUUCCAAUUUUUUUUUUUUUUUACAGAUUUUUCCUCCUUCAUUUUCUACGGCUUAUAUAA